AUGGGUAAGUUUGGCCGGGACAGGAAGCAGCUCGCACAGAAGGGGUUCAAAAAGGGCCUCAAAAAGGGCACAGAAAAAGGCCUAAAAAAUGGCGAAAAAAAAAAGAAAAAACGCCUGGCGGAGGGCCUAGCGAAGGGCCUUGCAAAGAAGGGGAUAAGCAAGCCACCGGAAGAGACGUGCGGGAAGGAGGAAAGCAGCGACGUGGUGGCAGGCGCUUCUUCCAACCGGGGCGACCUGUUCGAUGGGCUGUUCUCCGACCUGAAGGACAUACUGAGCGAGAGUCUACUUCAAACAUUGGAAAAAAAUAAAUUCGUGAAGACAACGAGCAUACAAAAGAGGAGCAUCCCAAUCAUGUUAAGUGACAGUGAUGUCUUCCUCAAGUCCAUGACUGGUUCAGGUAAAACGUUAUGUUAUGCAUUACCCUCUGUGCAAAAAAUUCUUAAUACACAAAAGGAGAAAAUAAGAAUUACGAGGGACAUGGGUACCUUCAUCUUGGUACUCUCCCCCACAAGAGAGUUAGCUGUUCAAAUAAAUAAUUUAUUUUUUACAUUGACCAAGCCCUAUCCCUACAUCGUUGUGUCAUGUUUAACGGGAGGGGAAAAAAAAAAGUCCGAGAAGAACAGACUGAAGAAGGGUGUCUCCAUAUUGACCUGCACCCCGGGAAGGUUGCUGGACCAUUUAGAACACACGAAGGGGCUGAAGCUGACUCACCUGCAAUGUGUUAUAUUGGACGAGGCGGACAAGGUGAUUUUCCUGGGCACGCAGGACAAGGUGCGGUUGAUUUACGACACGAUUAAGCGGCUCCGCCGGGGGGAGGCGGCCGCACCGACACGCGCCGCCAGUAAUGAAGCGGGGCAUAGUGAAGCGGUGCAUAAUCACGCGGCGCACAGGGAAGCGACUCACAGCGACGCAGCGGAGGGGAAGAACUUCCAAAUGGUGUUCAUCUCUGCAACGCUGAACCACGCGGUGAAGAGCCUGGCCAACUACUGCCUAACCAACCGCACGGUGUGGGUCGAGGCGAACGACGAUGGCGCCAGAGGGGCUAAGUUGCUCCCCCCGCGACCCCCGAACAUAGCACUCACAAAUGGAGAUGAAGAGGUGGGUUACACCAACAACAAUGUGACAGCCACACUGGGAGGAGGAGGAGCAGCAGCAGCAGCAGGAGAAGACCAAUGGGAGUACGAGUUACCAGAACAAUUAAAACAGUUUUGCAUCGUCACAGAUUUGAGGAAAAAAUUUUUGUGCCUCGUGCACAUGUUACUCUCUUGCAUGAAGAAGAAACAAAGACCGGUGGUGUUCCUGUCCAACUGCCACAGUGUAGAGUACAUGAGGGCGUUGCUGAAGAAUUUAUACUGGCCAACUGACUUGAAGAAAGAGAACAUGGAGGUGCAUAAGAAGUUAAAUGAAGGGGUCUCCUCUGUUUUAUUAAAGGAAGAUGAAAGGUUAUUAAAAAAACAUUUAGAAAAAACUCUUCAAAAGGAAAAGUGGGCAGAUGGAGAUGAAGUGAAAAAGCGAAAGGAAAAAAUUGCCUUACCAUUUAAAAAUAUUCAUGUGGAGGAUUUGGAAGACGACUCAUGUGAUGAGGGGAAGGUUACUUGUGGUCGUGGUGGUGGAGGAGACAGGUCCAUAUUAUAUAAUGUGAAUACAGAUCGACACAAGAGGAAGUACCUCUUCGAAGACACACACAUAUACAUUUUACAUGGAAGUUUAUCCCAGGAAGACCGACUUGGUAAUUUCACCGACUUUGCUUGUGGUAAAAAUGAAAAGUCCAUUUUACUAUGCACCGAGAUAGUGUCACGGGGAAUAAACUUUAACGAGCUAGAUGUGGUAGUGCAGUAUGACCCUCCACAAGUGUUUGAGGAGUAUGUACAUAAGGUGGGUCGAACGGCACGAUUACAUAAGGAGGGAUCGUCUUACCUGUUCCUUCUACCAACAGAGGUAGAGUUUCUUAACGUCUUGCGAGGAAAAAAUAUUCAUGUGAAGACCAUACGGGGGGAGGAACUCAUAGGACGGUUCCGCAGAGAAGACGUGCCUUCGUUUUUCUCGUCCAUUGGAGGAGAUAUACUUAGCUUUAUUUAUAAUCAUUUUAAAAUGACUGUUAAAUCAGAUGAGUCACUAAUGGAGAAGGCCACCAGUGCCUUCCUUGCAUCUGUCACUGCAUACUAUGCUGUGAGUAAAUCACUGCGUCACAUUUUUUGUGCCAAGACCCUCCACCUCGGGCACCUCGCCUACGCCUUCCUCCUGGAUGAGAGCCCCAAGGAAAUAGCCAAGCUAAACAAGCAGCAGCGCUACCUGCGGGUCAAGCGCCACACCACGCUCACCAAGCGGGAGCGCCGUCUCCUCCGCGCGCGGUGA